GUGCAGAGACAAGGGUGCGCCUGCACUCCAUACUUAUGAGGGCAUCCCCGUCCAAAGGACCCAGUCUUGCUGUUUUCAUCAAGACCAGCACACCGACGGACCGCUGAAUCAUGUCCCUGCUAGUGAGAGCCAUUGUUGGCCUGCUUGGCCUUGUCAUUCUCAAGUCCUUCUUAACCCGCAAAAGGUUUCCGGCCCCACUCCCUCCGGGCCCGAAGCCAAAGCCGAUCAUCGGGAACCUGCUCGACCUACCGGCCAAUGGAGAAGCAGAUUGGCUGCAUUGGUACAAGCACAAGAAGACAUAUGGCCCCAUCAGCUCGGUACAGGUCUUUGGAGAGACCCUCAUAAUCAUUAACGAUGCCCGGAUUGCGGUUGAGUUGUUGGAGAAGCGUUCAGCUACACACUCAGACCGACCUAGCUUGACAUUUAUCGAGAUGUGCGGAUUUAAGGAUUUGUUCAGUCUGAGGAACAACAACGACCCGCGUGUCCGGACUGAGCGGAAGCUAUUCUAUCAACAAAUCGGUUCAAACAAUUCUGUUGCGCGGUUCAAUCAUAUCCAAGAGGCCGAAGUUGGUCGUACCCUGCUUCGGGUGCGUGAUAACCCCGAAGGUCUGCAGGACCACAUCCGGAAGCAAGCAGCGGCAAUCAUCCUGAAGGUAGCAUAUGGAUACAGCGUUGUGCCACAUGGGGAUGACCCACUGGUGGAUCUUAUAGCCCGGGCGAUGGGAAAUCUCGGCGCGGCCCUCGUUCCCGGGGUGUGGAUAGUGGAUUUUAUUCCAUUCCUGAGGCACAUCCCGGCCUGGUUUCCAGGUGCCACAUUCAAACGCGUUGCAGAGAACUUCAAGGAAAGCGCCCGAGCCUGGAACUGUCAACCGUACGAAUUUGUCCGGCAUCAGAUGUCGCAAAACAAGCACGCCCCAUCCUACCUAUCCGGCUUACUCGAGGCGAAGGGAGUUCCAGAGCCAGGUUCCUUUGAUGAAAUCGUCAUGAAAUGGUCUGCCGCGGCAAUGUACGGUGGAGGAUCCGACACGACCAUAUCCACCUUGGGCGGGGUUUUCCUCGCGAUGGUUCUCUACCCGGACGUACAGCGAAAGGCACAGGAAGAAAUUGACCGAGUUGUCGGGACCGACCGUCUUCCCAGCUUCAGCGAUCGCGAGAACCUGCCAUAUAUCGACGCCAUGGUCAAAGAGGCCCUCCGUUGGCAUUCCGUGACCCCGAUGGGGGUUGUACACAGCUCGUCGGAGGAUGACAUGUACGAAGGCUACUUUAUCCCAAAGGGUUCCCAGAUCCUGCCGAAUCAAUGGGCCUUCACCCACGACCCAGAUGUUUACCCCGAACCUAUGGCCUUUAAGCCAGAACGGUUCUUAGCAACUGAGAACCACGCCCCCGAGCGCGACCCCCAUCUUCUCGCCUUCGGAUUCGGCCGUCGCAUCUGUCCCGGCCGCACACUGGCAGAUUCCAACGUCUACCUGAGCAUUGCGCAGUCGCUGGCCGUAUAUAGUUUCACCAAGCCCAUCAAGAACGGCAAGGAAGUGGACGUAGAGCCGAAAUUCUUAAACGGGGUGAUCAGUCACGUGGCACCGUUCGAGGUGGGCAUUCAGCCCAGGAGUAAGCAGCACGAGGCGCUGCUGAAGGAGUUGGAGAUCAAGUAUCCGUGGGAAGAGGGUCACGCGGCAGAACUCAGUCAGGUGAAGUUCUGAACAGAUGAGUUCCUUGCAUGGCUGAUCGAUAAUGUUUUGUCAGAUCAUGCAUGAUUUAAUUGCAGAAUAGUACGUAGUCUAGUUGGCGGGGAUCUCCCGUUGGGUUGGGCAGAAUGAUCAGUUUUAGUUUUGUCAGAUGUUACCAAGGACUUACUUAGUUAUCACGGGUAAGCCAGAAAUUAGGCAGACAAGUCAAAACCACCCCAGUUAGUUUAGGUAACCGCGACACCAACACCAACAAACCCCCCAUCAAUUAAGUCACUGUAGAAUCAGCGUGACAACUAUCUGACUCAUCCAGCCCCAUUCUGGAGCUCUUAACC